UCAUUUUGUGUUUGAAUUGUCAUUUGCCCAAGAAGUGACAUGGCUUCCUCAAAAUCAUAUGGUUUGUACCUUGGUCUAGGGCUUUUUGUCAUUCUCUUUUCUCAAGUGUUUGCCCAUACACUGACUGAGGCUGAUAAGGCUGCUGAUCCCGAGAGAAAGAUGGUAUUGGAUAGGCGUAUCAAUAUGCAAAAGCUCAUGAGGGCCAUACAUUACCUAGAGAGUAGGAGGGAGCAGGGAAGGAAGGUUACCUUGAUGGUUCCCCCAGCUCGAACUGUUCAUCAGCAAGACUAUGUGGAGGGAGAGGGUGAGGAAUUUGAUGUAAUUCCUAAUGUGAAGCCUUCAGGAGUUGAUUGGAAGGCAUUCCCUGCUGCUGCUUAUCCUUGGUUGAAAAAAGAUGGUGCUAAAACUAAGACUGUUCCUGGAAAUGGAAACAGAAGAUUACUAGAGAAAUUUGGUGAGGAGGAGAUCACAAAAGAUGGUGCUUAUCUUUGUUUCUUUGUAUUCUUUUACUUCUUUGCAAACAGUAAAAAAAAUAUUCUAAUUGACAUAGAGAAAGGUACUAUAUACUUUUAAGGUGAACCUAAUAUGCACCAGUUUUAGGUGAUACACCACCUACUUUAACUGGGUAUAGCAGGUCAACACAUUAUUUUUUUUAAGAAAAAAUAUCAUUAAAAAUUUGUCA